AUGUCAGACCUGCUGGAAAGAUUGUUCGCCUUCGCCGAACGAAGCGAUCAAGUAUUCGCCUCUGCAGAAUCCUACCUGGGAUUCGAAGUGCCCUACUUUUCAAUAUUCGCACCGGACGGGAGAUACGAUCACACUUAUUCUCAGGCUGGCCCACCACCUGAGGAACCUUCCAACUGUGGGUUCCUGGGCUUAAACUUAAAUUACGACUACGAACCACAAAACAACUCUGGAGGCAUGACCUAUGACCAGUUCCAUGAAUGGGACAGACAAAUUCGUGAAGAUUUCGAAGAGGAGCGUCGGCGUCCGUCUUGGGACUCCCAACCUCAGCUCGACGAUGGACGUUUCGAGCGCCGCAGAGAUUUUGACGAUAGACUGGACUCUGAGACUUUCCGUGAGAUGCCUACAGAUGCUUCUAGCUUGCAAGAAAUAGAAAAAGAGGUCGAACCUAUAGUUCAAAUACCGGCAUACCAAGCUGAAAUGUCCCCUGCGUGCAUUAUAAAAGAAGAGGACGCCACAGUAGAGGUUCCAUGGCCCACAGUGGAUGUCGUUGAAAAUGUUCGCUCUCCCCCGUACACUCCGCUCCCUCUGGCAUCCGACGUCGUGGCCAAAUCGAUGAAUGAGCUGCCGUUGGCUUCCGAAGUCGGAUCCAAAAUUUUGGGCAUUAUCCAUCCCUCGAGCAAGCUGACGAAUGCCUUGAAUAUUAACAGGGCACAAUCGCAUCCUGAUGAAGGCACAGAUCCGUCAAUUGCUGAAUCCAAAGUCAGAAAGGGAGAUAUUUCUAACCCAGAGACCCCGCGGAAGAAAAGAAAAGCGACCGAUGGGGAGGACCCAACGGACCUGAACUAUGCGUCAGACUCUCCACCUUCUGCCAUACCACCAAAAAGGACGAGGAGAAAAAAAGGAGGCGAAAAAGGAGGUCCACGUCCAAUACGCUGUGGAAAUGGGCUUUGGAGAUGCCUCUUUGGGUGCACGAAGAGCAAUGGAACUAUGAAGACCUUCACGCGAGAAUUUGACGCAAAGCGACACAUGGACUGGUCUUGUAAGCGCAGGUUGGGACAGGCGGAAGCACAACCAGGCCAUGAAUGCCCCGUAUGUCAUUACAAGCUCUCUCGGUAUGAGGUUCCACAGACCCAGGAGCGUACGAUGUACUGA